AUCCGCAUUCUCCGAAAUGGUGAGCUGGCCAUGUCUAUCGUGCUUGAGAAUGACGACGAGGCUGACUUCUGGGCGGACAGGCUGUCCGCAGCUGCAUUCAUGUGCGAGAGCCUUCCGAAGCUCAUCAGCAUGCACAACCGCCAGCGCAACGAGGAGUUUGCCGCCGAAAACAAGCAGAUCUCAAAGAUGCUCAGCUUGAAGUGCCGACAAUUUUCCGAAGUCGAGCAGAAGGCCAACGACUACGAGCAGGUAGCUGGGGAGCGCAGCCAA